GUGAUCGUGCGCGCGCGCACGUGUGUGAGUGAGCGGGCGAGUGCGCGCGCUGACAGGAUAACAGAAGCGGUCACUGUAGCUGUAAAAUGGCAAAGUUUCUGUCGCACGAUCAGAUCACUGAAUUUAAAGAGUGCUUUUCACUCUAUGACAAAAAGCACAAGGGUAAAAUCAAAGCCCAGGACCUGAUCACAGUGAUGAGAUGCCUUGGCUGCAGUCCAACCCUGAUGGAAGUGGAUAGACAUCUGAAGAGACAUAAUAUAGAUAAGUGUGAGGAGCUGGACUUCUCCACUUUUCUCACCAUAAUGUAUGAACAGCUUCAGCAGGAGAACCCUGAAGCUGAGAUUCUGCAGGCCCUGAGCAGAAUGGACAAGCAGAAGAACGGUUAUGUUCUGGCCUCUGAGCUCAGAGCAACACUGAGAGUAAUGGGAGAGAAGCUCACAGAUCAAGAAGUGGAUGAGCUCUUCAGAGAGGCUGGCGUGGGCGAUGACGAAAACAUUCACUAUGAAGAGUUUGCGAAGAUGGUGACACUGCAAUCAACACGAUGCUGAAGAGCCUUUACAAAGAGACAGACAAUGUGUUAAUAGUUUAACAACACACUGGAGGGGAAAUUUAUUACUGUUUACACUGAGCAAUCCUGAGCAGAGGAACCAUCACAUAAUAGUGUUGGUUUAGUAGAGUUCAGAUUACUAAUAAAGCACUAAAUCUUUUUAAGAGGCUUCAUUAGACUGAUUUACAUGCUUAGAGUAAAAUUGUAUAGAAGAUUUAUAGCCUCAUACACACUCUCACUAACAUUAUUAUCAAAGAUAAGUACUUGACUGGGUGCCAGUUGGUCAAAUCAUUUACUAAGCGUGGGACGUUUUGAGAAAUGACCACUUGUUGAUGCUGUGUGUGUGUGUUUUGAACAGUACUAUGAAAGAAGGGUGUGUGAGGAAUUGUGAGCUUUGUGUUUUCUUAAACUGGAGACUUUUAGAUUUAACCUUUUUUAUUUUUUCAUAAAUGUUUUUUUUUUUUAAACUACAGUAGAUUUGCACAGAUCUGUAUUUCACAGAUACAUUCACAUUGAUCUGAAGCAGCAGAUCAAUGUCUCAUCUUAAAGUAAUAUGGGAGAUUCUGUUGUAAGAACUAUUAUAAAUAAAGUUAAGGUUUGUUCUUUUCUAUAGCAAUAAUACCCAGUCCGCUCAAUUCUGUAGAGGAUAUUGCUACACGUUUUAAGUAUCAUUGACUGCACUCCUAUAUCUUCAAUCUAACAAUCUUCUUGAAUUUGUUUUUAUGAAACAUCCUGACAAAAGUUUACAUCAGCUUCAUGAAAAAUGUUUUUAACUCACAGCUCGGCUCUUAUAACGAUGAAUCCUAUUGUAAAAUCCCAAAUAAAAAGACAUUCAUGAAUAAAUACAAUGUAUAUUGAAAUUAAUGUACCAAUAACUUCGGUGAACUCCAUCAUGCAGGAGAUUUGUUUGUU